GUAUGUUGCCCUCUCAAAUGAGAACCUGUUAAGUGUGUCCAUCAUCCGGUUUAUAUAGGGUUAAGAGCUGCGGUAGCCGGAGCGCGCUCCCGUGCGAGCGUCCGAUUGGCUGCUCGACGGCGGCGCGCGCCCUUCAUCAGCCGCUCGAGCGGCAGAGUUCAUCUUCUCUCACGCGCUAUAGGGAUGGCAUUGCCACACACAGCAGGGCAACACAACACACCAGGAGAAUGCACACCGCAAACAUCCCAUCAACUGAGGCGUCAGCUGUGCACCUUUAGACAUUGAUCCUGGCAGCGUCACUCACAGCUUCUGACCUCUGCAGCAUCAGCACCAAUAGGAGAAGAAGCUUAGAGUUGAUCAUUUCCUCAGUAGCACAUCAGCAUCACAACAGUAGGAGGCGAGCAGAUCACAUCAUGCACUGGACUUUCCACGCGUACUUAGAUCUGUUUCCUAAACCACACUCGGAAUCGAGAGGUCUUUCUCAUCUAAAUCAAUAGUCGCUUUUUUCCGGACACACUGGACAGAUAGAAAGUUCUUUGCUGACGUAUUUAUGCACAGAUUCCUUCACACUAGGCGAAUUAAAAUCUUGAAUUUAUAUCAUAGCUAUGUAAAGUUUAUAACUGUACAUGUCAACUUAAAGACGGUGCAUUUAAAAAUAAACAAUAACAGGAAUUUAUUUUAAAGAUUUUAGGAGAAGUUAGUUUCUUACUUUUUUUGGUAAGUUUACGAAACUGUCACCGUAGCCUUCUCUCGACUUUGGAGGGGUUAUACUUGACGAAGGGAAAUCGCCUACGGUGGUAAAUACAGUCAGAACAUUCACAUAUUGGAGGAUAUCGUUAAGUAAUACGGUUUUUGAGAGAGUUCAUCUGUGUAACUAGGGUCCGAGCCAUCGGGAAAAUCAUUGGUGUCGCAGAAACUUUUACGCUUACAGGAAGCGCAACGAGGUUGCGGGCGUUAUCAUCCGUGCCAUCGUCACAAACUAUCAGUUCUCUCCUUAGUAACCAGAAAACAAGAGGUAGAAUGGUUCAUGAGCUUGUUUCUAUCACUCAUGGGAUUGUGCUGCUGUGAUUUGUCGGACCGGAGGGAAGGUUGUUCUCGCAGACAUCCACACACACUCUGUUGGUGUAGCAUCGCGGUGCGCGCUCGGGGAUGAUCAGGAUCUUCCCGGAUUUCAGUGUUCAGGUGACGGCAGCGGCGGCGGCUGCAGGUGGGGGAGCCGGUGGAGGGAUGCCGGCUGCGUCCAGAGUCCCGGUAUCUACCAACGGAAACCCGCAAAACGUCCAAGGCUUGACCUCUUACCAACAAAGCAGUGUGUUAUGGGAUGGGUCAGGGGCUGAUGACGUUAAGAGCUUUUCCACGUUUCUCCACAGCGAGCCAUACUGGGAGAGGUCUGCUAAUGCCAGUUCCUGCUCUGCCACUAGGCCCAAGACACUCCACCUUGGAGGGCAACAACAUACCUCAUCGCCAUGGUUGCAGGCUCUGAGGAAGGAGAAGUCACGUGACGCCGCCCGCUCGCGCCGGGGCAAGGAGAACUUUGAGUUCUAUGAGCUGGCGAAGAUGCUUCCUCUUCCCGGCGCCAUCACCAGCCAACUGGACAAGGCGUCCAUCAUUCGUCUCACCAUCAGCUACCUUAAAAUGAGGGACUUCGCCAACCAGGGAGACCCGCCGUGGAACCUGCGAAUGGAAGGACCGCCACCCAACACCUCAGUGAAAGCUAUCGGGUCCCAGCGGAGGCGGAGCCCUGGCGUUGUUGCCGCGGAGAUCUUUGAGCCUCACCUUGGAAGCCACAUCCUGCAGUCCCUGGAUGCAUUUGUAUUUGCACUAAACAAGGAGGGAAGAUUUUUGUACAUCUCCGAGACGGUGUCCAUAUACCUGGGGCUUUCACAGGUAGAGCUGACGGGCAGCAGCGUGUUCGAUUACGUUCAUCCGGGCGAUCACGUGGAGAUGGCCGAGCAGCUGGGAAUGAAGUUACCGCCGGGAAGAGGACUGUUGUCUCAGAGCGCGGGGGCCGAGGACGGGGCUAGCUCCGCCUCCUCAUCUUCUCAUUCUGAAACACCUGAGCCAGUGGAGUCCAGCAGUCCCAGUCUUCUGUCUCCAGAUAACACUCUGGAACGUUCCUUCUUCAUCCGAAUGAAGUCCACGCUAACCAAGAGAGGCAUCCAUAUUAAGUCUUCUGGAUACAAGGUGAUUCACAUCACGGGCAGCUUGAGGAUAAGAAUGGCAUUAACGCACAGUCGUUCGGUACCCAAUCAGAUCAUGGGCAUGGUUGUGGUCGCACACGCGCUCCCUCCGCCCACCAUCAACGAGGUUCGGAUCGACUGUCAGAUGUUUGUUACGCGGGUCAACAUGGAUCUCAAUAUCAUCUACUGUGAAAACAGAAUCAGCGACUACAUGGACCUGACACCUGUCGACAUCGUCGGGAAGAGAUGUUAUCACUUCAUUCACGCAGAGGACGUGGAAGGCAUCCGGCAAAGCCAUUUAGACCUAAUGAAUAAGGGACAGUGUGUGACGAAGUACUAUCGCUGGAUUCAAAAGACCGGAGGUUAUAUCUGGAUCCAGUCCAGCGCCACUAUUGCAAUCAAUGCCAAGAAUGGCAACGAGAAAAACAUAAUCUGGGUCAACUAUGUUCUUAGUAAUCUGGAGUACAAAGAUAUACCCAUAGAUAUCGCACAGCUGCCCAGCCUGCCGGAGAAAACAUCGGAGUCUUCGGAAACAUCUGAUUCAGAAUCAGAGUCCAAGGAGAACUCAGACAAUGAAAACUCCAAGUCAGGUGGGAAAGGAAACCCGUCUUCCGAGAACAGCGAGGACCCCGAGUCGGACAGUAAGAAACAGACGGGCGAGCCGCCAGAGCAGGAGAUGAGACGACAGGAGGAAGGAGACAGUUCCAGCAAUCCAGAAAGUCAAGACAGCGAAGACAGCCUGGAACCAUCCGACUGUGAAACAGACCACAAGGAAGGACACUUGGGUCGACUGGGCGGCUUACACAUAAAGGUGGAGCGCUACGGCGAGGUAGAAGAACUGCGGGACUCGCCCUCCUCUUCCUCUUCGGAGGAAGAAGAGGACGAUGAGGACGAGAUCGUAAAGGAAUGCAACAGCGCAGGAGAGCUUAGCGGACCGGCAAUGAGCCGACACCAAAAGAGAAAGAAGAGAAGGAAAAAGCAGAGGUGGGACAGAAGUCGGCAGCGGCUGCGUCUGUCGCCCUCGGCCACCGCCACUCCCAGCCCCAGCGGCAUGGACCCCACCCUCGGAGACCAGCCUCCCCUUCUGCUCCCGCCCUCCCCGACCAGUGCCUCCGUGCUAAAGAUCAAGACCGAGAUGUCGGAGCCGAUAAACUUUGACAACGACAGCAGCAUCUGGAACUACCCGCCCAACCGAGAGAUCUCCCGCAACGAAUCCCCCUACAGCAUGACGAAACCCCACGACACCUUCCCUUCCCCCCAGCCUGGCGGUCCGCACGUGUCCAUUCCUGAGUCUGUCCUCACUCCACCUGGUGCCGAGAGCGGAGGAGGCAGCAGAAAGCCCAACUUCAACGGCAACGGUAGCAGCGGCAACAACGCCCCCACCGCUGUGUCCAGCGCAACCCCGGGCAGCCUGGCUCUUCCUUCCAGUUCCUCCACGGCUGACCCCCUCUCCCCACCACUGUCGGCCUCGCCGCGGGACAAGCAGCAGGGCACGCCCACCUCUUCCGGCUCCCUGCUCUACACCAGUGACCUUGAAGCCCUGCAGAGGUUACAAGCAGGUAACGUGGUGCUCCCAUUGGUGCACAGAGUCACUGGCACGCUCGCCGCCACCAGCACGGCCUCCCCACGAGUCUACACCACUGGAACCAUUCGAUACGCCCCGGCAGACGUCAGCCUGGCAAUGCAGGGCAACCUCUUGCCUAACCCCCACGCUGCUGUAAACUUUGUGGACGGGCCAGGUUUCGGCAUAGACCCCAAGACACCCAUGGAGAUGCUAUACCACCACGUGCACCGGCUCAACAUGUCCACGCCCUUCGGUGGAGCGGUCAGCGGAGCCGGGCUGACGCAGAUGCCCGCUGCUAACGUCUUCACCACGGCAGAAGGACUCUUCUCCACGCUUCCGUUCCCGGUCUACACCAACGGCAUCCACAACACACAGACUCUGGAGCGCAAGGAGGAUUGAAGCAAAACAUCGAGACCAUAUUACUGUGUUCAACUGUGACUCUUGUGAGGCAAAGACUGUGUAUUAAAGUUUGGGAAGUGAGAUGUUCUAGCACUUUGAAUUUUGAGCAAUUGAGCUUGUCUAACCGAAAUGAAUGGUUCCUCUUCGUGUGUCUUUCUAUCUUUCUAUCUCCUCUAGUUCUUCUUUCUUCUUUCUCCUCGAUGACAGUUUCUCAAAACAGACUAUUGUUAAGAGUUCCUUCCGAGCCGCAGGGAGUUCAUAGCACUGUAGCAUAGCGUAAAGAAAAGAAGAAGAAGACUGAGAGGAAAAGAAACCGUUCAUGUUUGAACAUGUUUGUGACAAAAGGAUGUGACCCUGUUUGAUCAAGUUCGAGGGGUUUUAAAUGGGGAGCGGUAUUUUAGAAGAAAUGUUUUUCUCUUGGUUUUUUAUAGCUGCAAAUCAUGCAUUUUAAAAAAGCAAUUUUAGCCGGGUAUCGACCUGUGAAUAGAAUGUUACUCCAAAAUCCCAGGACAUGGAACAGGUCGGCGUGAGAUUUUUCCAGUUCCAUCUUCUGUUUGCGGAUCCAUGGUGCUAUCAUUGAGUUACGCUCACUCAGCUGGCUGAUGCAGGUCCUGUUCAGACGAACAGCGGCCUCGGAGCAUGUCAAACCUCUAACAGACGCGUUGCGUUUGAUCGUCGUGUUUUUAAAUUAUGUUCACACACACGGGGAUGGUAUUUUGACUCAAUGUGAUUGAGUCGUGGAACGGAAAAGGGUGAUUAUUAUAUUUUCGUCAAACUGAAUUGUCUCUCAGUGCAACUGAGGCUAAUUUUACAUUGCAGACUUCGAGAUGAAUGUUAAACUCCAAAAGGCUUCGGUCAGAGCUAUUCUUAAUCGUUUCGAUUUUCGAUUUCCGUUGAAUGUUUACACUCCCUCUUUAGCUUAAAAGCCUGGUGUCUUUGCCGAAAUCAACCUCCCCAUCCCUUACCCCUUAACUCUCUCUGAAAAUCACAUAUCAAACAGAGAUUGUAAUGAGGACGUGCAUUCUCAAUCAAAAAAAAUCCACAUUCCUAGUUUUUACCCACUGUUGCCAAAAAAUGUUACUCUCACAGUUUUGGUGUUAAAACACUGUGAUUUGAUGUGUAAAAAAGUAAUAAAACGGACGAAAACUGUCGCCUCAUCCUUUGGCAGCCGCCCAUCGAGUCAUCUAUUACGCAGCGUGAUAACUGUAAACUUGUACAAUGUGUAAGUGUCAUUGGCUGUCAGUCUCCAUAGCAACUUAAGUGUGUGUUACUAUAUGCAGUAUAUACUGAGCUAAUGUAGCUGUUUUGUCCUUUGUCCUCUCUGUGCUAGUCCGGGCUCGGACGGGGAAACGUGUUCUCCCUCUUGUGCCCCUGCAGUCUUAGUGAACCAGUGGAGGUUAGUGGAUUUUGUGUGGUGGCCUUCCGAUGUAGUGUCACCUUUUUUGCUGCUUACUUUUUGUAUGUAUUCCUUUUUUCUGUUUCUGCUAUUGCUUUGCUGUGGUGUAGUCUGCGGGCCUCUCUCUCUUUUCUCAGAGAUAAAAGACUCUAAACUAGCUCAAAGGUUUAAGGAGCCAUUUUUUUGCCACUGAGGAAUUCUGGGAUUGCAGCUUCCAGCUCCAAAACGAUGAGGAAUGAAAAGCCGAAGUAGCAUUUUACUAGACUGGAACCUUAAACGCCUCAGAUGUGAAACAUUCCCAGAGUCCCUUGUGCUUCUCUUGUGCAUUGGGUGUAUUUCAUUGGUUUCCACCAAACCUGUUGACUUUAAGGACCCUGCAACUCACAUACACAUACACACGCGCAAACACACACACACACACACACACACACAAAAAAAAACGUUGAUGGUAGUAUUUCAGGACAAUAAACAAUUUUAAAGAUUUCUAAAGAGAUGAAAAAAUAUUUCGCACUAUAAAAUCUAUUUUUAUAGGUGUUUUGGAAAUGCAUGUUUACUAAGUUGAUCGUUUGGUUUAAUUGAUUUCGUUGGGUCCAGCGGCUUUGUCGAUGUUCAGUGUUUUUUAGUCUGUCCAGCAAAGGGAAGAGGAAGCCUUCGUCUUUUUACCUGAAUCAGGCUCUCCAAGCUCCCCCGUGCCCCCCCCUCCCGACAUCAGGAAACGUGUGUCUGUGGUUUCUGUGAAGAUAAUGUUGUCGCUCAAACCCAGGUCAUGAUAUAUUCGUAUGUUUUUAAAAGCGGUUGCUCGGUUGCAGGAGAGAGCUAGCGUCGCUGCUGCAGGAUCUUAGAUUUUAGCAUUUUGUACGUAGAUCAGAAACGUCGUUGGGGACGGGGUUUGGGGGCAGCUCGAAAACAGACACAGUGGACCAGGAAAUACACCCAUAUGUUACUAACAGAACAGCCGGGCGAGCUGUCUCAAUGUAUCUGUGUUGUGUCAAAAUGAUUGCUGGUGAUUUAAUCUUAAACUAAUCUCAGCUGCUGUCAGAUAAAUAGUGUUUAAAAUUACAAUAUGAGAAAUCACUUCAUUACCUGUGAAGACUCUGUGUCUGUGUUUUUAACUAUUUCUUGUACAAUUAUACAGAUUCUUUUAUGAGGAACUUGGUGCCAAGUAGAAGAAUAUGGGAGAAUGGGAUUCUCUUAGUAUCAGUGUUAACAGUGUUAUAAAUUCUAAGUACGAAAAACAAAUUAAAAUAUUAAAAAGAGAAAACUAUGGUACAUUUUUAUUUGGGAUUUGGUUUCCUUGAUUUCUUUUUCAGAAAAAGACAAAAAAACAUAACUAACUGAAGCUAACUUUGAGUGCCUGGCUUAUUGUUUUGAAAACACGUUUUGUUCGUUCAUUUACCAUGAAUAAUGCUGCAAUUCAAAACAAUGUACAUACUUCAUUUUACAACAGGGUUAUUUUAUACUUUUGUAGGUUUUCAUCAGUUAAGCGACAUGUCAUACAUGGUUGUCUUUCUGUAACACAGUUUUUUUACCAUCUUACAGGUGCCAUAUUCAUAAUAAACUUUUCUUGGAUUUGUUACUAGCUGGCAUCAUUUCUUUCACGUUCUGUUCAUCAUAACUGAAUGGCGAGCAUCAGCGAUUAUUCUUUGCUUUACUGCUUCUUUACGUUCCUUCUUUUCUCUCCUAUGUUUCUUCCCCCCGGUUCUUGAUUUUGGUCAAUGUGUUGAAUACUUUUCAGGUUUCAGGUAAGGGAGUAUCAAGAUAUUCCCACGUAGCCCAGCUGUCUUUUGCUUCCACAUGAAUGGCAAUCCAGUGCACUUACAAUAUAGUGCCCACAUACCAGGGCAUUGGCGUUUUUUAGCAGUGGCUGAGUGAAUCUCCUUUUUGUUGGACAGAUUCUCACGGGUAUUUCUGAUAUGUUAUUUCCACCUCACGAUAUCUUUACCAGGUUUUUCAAUUAGCAGGACAAUUUGAUUCUGUGUCUUCUAUUAUAUUGAUCUCACUGUAACUUCCUACAGCAAAGCGAAAUAAAAAGGGAAACUGCUUCCUUUUAAUAGUGUUUUA